ACGUGUUUCGAAAGCGCAGAAGGAGUCACUGCGAUGAAAACAAAACGACGCUCAGAAAUUAACCCUUAAAUUUAUUGUUUUUAAAAACUCUAUCUCUUCCCUUCUGAAACGCAAUCCGUUUAUUUGACUUUAGCUUGUAAUAGAUUUUUUUCAAGCCGACUUUGAACGCCUGAUACGGACCAGCUUUUUUCCUUUAAACACACUUGGUAAUAAAUUGCCUAUCUAGCCUCUAGCUGUCAGCUUUACCGUUAGCUUAGCUCCUUCUCGCAUUGGAUUGUUUUGUGUUCCUUUCUGGAGCCCCUUUCGUUGGAAGCAGGUGCUGAUAAAUUUGAGACAUGUCGGAAGAUUAUGAAUUCAGCGAAGACCCGAGCAUGAUGAGAAUGGAGGAGGAUGGGGAGAGCAACUGUGACGAUCCCAUGUCCGCCUCUGGGGACUGUGGCCUGAUGAUGGGAGGAGAGGCCGACGGAUCGAAGAUUGACGCUAGUAAAAAUGAGGAGGAUGAAGGGAAGAUGUUUGUUGGAGGGCUCAGCUGGGACACGACCAAGAAGGACCUGAAGGAUUACUUCACAAAGUUCGGGGAGGUGGUGGACUGCACGUUAAAACUGGACCCUAUGACCGGGCGCUCGCGGGGCUUCGGCUUCGUGCUCUUUAAAAAUCCGGAAAGCGUUGAAAAGGUUGCCUCACAGAAGGAACACAAACUCAACGGGAAAGUGAUUGAUCCCAAAAAAGCAAAGGCCAUGAAGAGCAAGGAGCCUGUGAAGAAGAUCUUUGUAGGUGGGCUGUCCCCAGACACGCCCGAAGAGAAAGUCAGAGAGUAUUUCGGUGCCUUUGGAGAGGUGGAGUCCAUCGAGCUUCCCAUGGAGACCAAAACGAACAAGCGGCGGGGCUUCUGCUUCAUCACCUUCCAGGAAGAGGACCCAGUGAAGAUGAUCAUGGAGAAAAAGUACCACAAUAUCGGGCUCAGCAAGUGUGAGGUGAAGGUGGCCGUGUCCAAGGAGCAGUACCAGCAGCAGCAGUACUGGGGAGGCAGAGGAGGAUACUCGUCCAGGUCUCGAGGGAGAGGUGGGGGUCCCAACCAAAGCUGGAACCAGGGUUAUGGUAACUACUGGAAUCAGGGAUAUGGGAAUUAUGGAAAUUAUGGUUACGGCAAUCAAGGAUAUGGUGGCUAUGGAGGCUAUGAUUACUCGGGUUACAACAAUUAUUAUGGAUAUACUGACUACAACAAUCAGUCUGGUGGAUAUGGAAAGUCACCACGGCGUGGUGGCCACACCAACAGUUACAAACCGUAUUAAAGGGACAAACCCUCCACCUCCAAGGAGCGGAGCUUCCUUGCAGGCCAUGAGCUGACUCCCAGAUACUCUCAGGGCCCGCUCAAUGCGGACCGGGUAUGAGAAGCAUACGCUCUCGAAUGCUGCCGUUUGGUAUGGUCUUACAACAUCCUGUAUCCGCAUUUCUAAUCUAAAAAAAAACAAUUAAGGGACACGUCCAGCUUUGUCAUCUUUCUUUCCAUUUGUUUCCUUCAUUUAUUUUAUAAAUAUAUAUCUAUCUAUACUUUUUCUGCGACUGUCUUUUGUAAUGUAAGAAUUUAAAAAUCUACACAUGUAAUUGUGGUUUUUUCACAGGCCCUUACUCCCCCACAAGUAACGAUUGAUAACGUAUGAAUAAAUAACGAUUUGCUUUCCUAAAGGAUACAUUCGUCAUUCUCUGGAUUUUCCAGUUCCUAAUGUUAACAUAUGUAUUUUUUUUAAAAAAAUGCUUGUUUCUUUAUUUAGCUAAAGUAGUCCAUGAGCUUAAGCCUGGUUUGGACUCUACUGUGUUGGGGGAUAAAGUGCUUUUAAUUUGUGUAAAUGUAUUGUUCUUGUUUUUGUUUUACUGACAGCGAUGGAAAAGACUCCUCUUUUUGUUAAUUUUCCCUGUAACACAUUUUCUUCUUAUAUCCAUUGAUUAAAAAACACACACACACGCACCCACACACGCCCACACACACACACACACUCAAUCAAAAUGUCACCACAAUUCCAGAAAUUUGCAUGUAAUGCUCACCAUAAUGUUGUAUCUUUUGACCGAUAUGAACGUAUUUUUAAUUUUAUUUUUCCCAUUUAGUAUUUUGACUUCUUCGUCAGGAUCCCUAGUUUAAUCUAUACACAUUUUAAAGCUGUAAAACUGUAAAGAAAAAUAAUUGCUUUCAUCACGUAGGCCGUUUAAAAACAGGGGAUUCCUGUCUUUCUUUAGUAGCUGAAGACAUGUCGCUCAUCCACGGCUGACUUGUUCCUGUUUGUUUCCCGCAGGCUCCGGAGGCGAACGCGUCGGCCACAGAGACGAUCCGGCUAAAGACAUGGCUAGUUUAUGAAA